AUGCGCUCCGCCGCCAAACUCAGCCGCAUCCUCCUCCUCCUCCUCCUCCUGCCGCCACCGCCCGCCGCCGCCUACUUCGGCCUGACCGGGAAGGAAGCUCUGAGCCAUUUCCCAUCGCUGGGGGCCCCGGGGGGCUCGGGCCCGGCCAAGGGGCACCAGAAGCAGUGCGAGCUGCUGCAGCUGUCCCGCAAGCAGAAGCGGCUGUGCCGGAGGGAGCCGGGGCUGGCGGAGACGCUGCGGGACGCGAUCCGCCUGGGCAUCCUCGAGUGCCAGUUCCAAUUCCGCAGCGAGCGCUGGAACUGCAGCCUGGAGGGCCGGCCCAGCCUGCUCAAGAGAGGUUUCAAGGAGACAGCGUUCCUGUACGCCGUGUCCUCGGCCGCGCUGACGCACUCGCUGGCGCGGGCGUGCAGCGCGGGGCGCAUGGAGCGCUGCACCUGCGACGACUCCCCGGGGCUGGAGAACCGCAAGGCCUGGCAGUGGGGAGUCUGCGGGGACAACCUCAAGUACAGCACCAAGUUCCUGAAAAAGUUCCUGGGGCAGAAGAGGAUCGGCAAAGACCUGCGGGCCAAGGUGGACAUCCACAACACCAACGUGGGCAUCAAGGCGGUGAAGAACGGCCUCAAAACCACCUGCAAGUGCCACGGCGUGUCGGGCUCCUGCGCCGUGCGGACGUGCUGGAAGCAGCUCUCGCCUUUCCACGAGAUCGGGCGGCUCCUGAAGCUGCGCUACGACGACGCCGUCAAAGUCUUCAGCACCAGCAACGACGCCGUGGGGCACUCGGAGCUGUCGGGGCCGCACAGACACGGCCCCUCGGCCAAACACCCGGCCCUGCCCCGCCCCACCGACCUGGUGUACGUGGAGGACUCGCCCAGCUUCUGCCGGCCCAGCAAAUACUCCCUGGGCACGGCGGGCAGGACCUGCUCCCGAGAGGGCAACUGCGACAGCAUGUGCUGCGGCCGGGGCUACAACACCCAGAGCCGCCUGGUCACCUUCUCGUGCCACUGCCAGGUGCGCUGGUGCUGCUACGUGGAGUGCCAGCAGUGCAUGCAGGAGGAGGUGGUGUACAGCUGCAAGCAGUAG